CUCUUUUGCUUCUUUUUCGAGUUCGAUCGUUACUAGAAGGCACGACCACGACAUUGGUCGUGGAGGUUGAGGAAGUUAAGAAAAAGAAAGUGGCACCGAAUUAAGUGGGACACGUUCUUCAUCAAAACCUUGCAAUCGAUCAUCAAUAUCACUUUUUCAUUUAAAUUAGAAGCGUUGACUGAUCUCCGGCGAGAAUGGAGAGAUCGGCGUCGGUGGGCAUCAACGACGGCCGAUUUGGUGGCAAUCACUUCUACUCUCCAUCAUUCUCUUCGUCUUCUUCAAUGAGGCAUGUCAAUUACAGUUGCGGAUCUUGUGGCUAUGAACUGAACUUAAGCUCCACAAAUCGAAUCACAUCGUCUAUCGGAUCAAAGUACGGGAAAUCCAUGAAGGGUGGAAUCAUAUCGUUCUUCAACAUUGAUGAGGCAAGAUUCAGUCAAGUCGAUCAGUUCCAAUGCAUGCCUCACUUCUCCAGAUAUUCUUGGGGUUUGUUCAGACGCAGAACUAAACUUCUCUGUCGUAAAUGUAAUAACUAUAUUGGCAAUGCUUCUGAGGAGAAGACUCCUGCGUACGCAGUCGUAAUACAAAACUCAGAUUCCACAUCUCCCAAAAACGGUACUGUUAAGAAGUAUGAUAUCAGGAUUCGUUCGCUUCAACCUUCUUCCGCUGUGGUAUCAUUGUGAGUAUAUACCCACCAAUAUUGUACACCAUUUUUAAAAUACCAAAUCUAGAUUUUCAUUUAGUGUUUGGAGAUAUUAUAGAACAGCUUAAGAGUAUCAAAUUUAGUUUGUAUUAGUCUUGGUGCUGUUUUGAUAAGGUGGGUUUUACUUUUAGGUUGUAUAGUAACAACUAUUUGCCCUUUUGUUUUUGGUAGACUUUUUUUUAGGUGAAGUGAAAUUUCACUUUCUUAUGCUCAUCAUUUGUGUUUACCUAUUUGAUACAGAAAAAAA